ACUAACAGUUUCCAGCUAGCGGUGGAUGCGGGACCAGUGAGUGGUCCUCCGUUUUUUGUUGUGGCGUUUCGCUCUUCGAUAUUUUCCUAAAUACCUAAUGUAACCCUGUUUACUGACACAUUGUCUUGGUUGGGAAUUGAUACUAAGCGGAACUUGGGGCGUGUUGAUUUGCUUGACGGGGUUAAUAGUAUCAUACGUUGGAUGGAUCCGAGGAUUGCCUGGAUUCAGCCGGAACAGAAAGGACCUGCAAACACUUUAUGGAUGCACGUCUGGGAAACGUCUCAGGGAAUCCGGACCAACUCCAGUCAGCAUCAUGAUCGACACCACAACGUUUUCGUCAACUCGCCGACCUGCGACGUCUAUAAAAAUGUAGCGGCCCUGACCGCACCAAGCAAGGAUGUUUGUAGGAACAUUGGCAGUGACCCCACUGCCACUAGUUUAUCCAGCAGCCAUCAUCCGAGCAAUGCCAAUAACAUCAGAAACGGCACGUCUGUUACCGGCUUCACAACAUCACCGAAUAACAGCGUGCAGAACUCAAGACCUUCCCUAAACGGAGACGGGGAAAUUCCUCAUCACAAGAAGGGAUCCGUUUCCUCGUCGUUUUCGACAGAAGCAGGAACGGAAAGUCCUUCAUCUAACUGUUCAACGAUAAGGACUAAGGACGGCACCAGCCUCAUCAGUGGAAAUAUGAACAAAAACGCUGGAGGUGCCCAUUUGUUUUUUAACUUUAGCGAGAGCAUGUUGAAUAAUGUCAAUCGCCACCACCAUCAUGUUCAUUCACGGCAUUUCUAUCAGGACCAGCACCAGUAUGAUUUUCAGCAGAACUGCUUGAAGCGCCAUCCGUUUCACCCUGCGAUUUUUAACAACCAUAAUCACCAUCACCCGGGCCGAAGGAAAAGUGACAAUAAGGCGAGCACAUAUGGGAUAAAUUAUUUACUCUCUAACUGGACUAAUGGCAAUCAUGUCAGCUCCGGGACACCGUGGAAGACCAGGAAAUACAGUCCUGGAGUUAACGGGCUGCACGAGGAGAUAAUCGACUUUUACAACUUGAUGCGCCCUCGGGCAGAGGAGGCCACCAUGAGACAGGAGGUGGUCGAUCGGAUAGAAUCGGUCAUCAAAGAACAGUGGCCAGAUGCUGAUGUUCAAAUAUUUGGCAGCUUCAGUACUGGACUGUACCUCCCAACCAGUGACAUUGACCUGGUGGUGUUUGGGAAGUGGGAGAGACCCCCCUUACAGCAGUUGGAGCAGGCCCUUCGAAAAAACAACGUGGCAGAGCCACACUCCAUCAAAGUACUUGACAAGGCUACGGUACCAAUUAUCAAACUGACAGACCAGGAAACGGAGGUCAAAGUGGACAUCAGCUUCAACGUGGAGACCGGCGUCAAAGCUGCGCACUUCAUCAAAGACUAUGUGAAGAAGUACACCGUCCUGCCUUACUUGAUUUUUGUGCUGAAGCACUUCCUCUUGCAGAGAGAUCUGAAUGAGGUCUUCACAGGAGGCAUUAGCUCCUACAGUCUCAUCCUGAUGGUCAUCAGCUUCCUGCAGCUGCACCCGCGGAUUGACGCCCGCACACCCAACGCCAACCUCGGCGUCCUCCUCAUUGAGUUCUUCGAGCUGUACGGCAGGCACUUCAACUACCUGAAGACUGGCAUCCGGAUAAAGAACGGUGGAGCCUACGUGGCUAAGGAAGACAUGGUGAAGGCCAUGAGCAUCGGCUCCCGGCCAUCUAUGCUCUGUAUCGAGGACCCCUUGCUCCCAGGUAACGAUGUGGGCAGGAGUUCAUAUGGAGCCAUGCAGGUGAAGCAGGUGUUUGACUAUGCCUAUAUUGUCCUUGGCCAUGCAGUGUCCCCUCUCGCGAACUCCUAUCCCAACAAAGACAGCGACAGCACUCUGGGGCGCAUCAUUAAGGUGACCCAGGAAGUGAUCGCCUACAGGGACUGGAUUGCUCAGAAGUGGGGAGGGAAGCAGCUUUCCCGGGUAGAGAGGAAUGGGGGUCCAGCUCCUAAAGAGGCUGUGGAGCAGACAGACCCCAGUGCCUUGCUGGGUGUGGGGGUGGAGGACCAGCCCCAGAGGGACUCGGCCUCUCCGAACAGCGCUGACUCGCCCAUGUCUCUGUCCAGCCCCCAGCAACACUCCUCAGCCUCCUCCCUGUCGGGCAGCGACAUCGACUCAGACAGUACCCCGUGUGUCGCACCCACAGUGCCGUCCUACCCUCUUCAGACACUGGGCACGCUGCCCACUGAAGUGCAUAUGAGCAUGAGCAAAGCCAACCUUACCACUCCACUCGCAAUGCCCCCUGCCAACCAGGCAGGUCCCAAGUUCCCUCUGAAGGGCUUCCACAACGCAGCAGUGGCGCACGGCCCUGUGAUGGCUAACCGCGCCCACAUCCAAUACAACCGCAACACCUGGCGCCGCAGGAAGAGGGACAGCCUCCCAGCCAGCAUCAGCAGAUAAAGGCCACGCCCCCACCAUGCCUUCAGCGCGUUCCUCCACCCCUCUCACCUCACUCGAGCAACCCCACAAACACCCGUCUCAAUUUAUUUUGUCUCACAAUGAAGACUCGACAGCGUCUCCUACUGUUGGGGUGGGCCUGUGGGCUGAGGGACCAGCAGAGCCUGCCCCAGCCCCUUGUGCAGUAGCGGCGCUAAAGGUGGUGCUACCUUCAUUCUGCUCCUCACACUCUGCAUGGCUGUUUUGGUAUGGUUUUUUUUGUUUUGUUUUUUUAAGGAGGAAAAAAAAUCCUUGGAUGAUGGCCUCAGAGGACUCUUCCAAAACAGGAACAGUCAGUGUUCAGUCCUUAGCUCUCUGGCUUCCAUUGACCAGGAAAAAAAAAAAAAAACAUUUGGGUUGGGGGGUUUUUUUUAAUUGUUGUUUUGGGUUUUUUGUUUUUGUUUGUUUUUUUUCCAUUAUUGUUAUUGCAAUUUCAGUGUGAUGUUUUUUUUUGUUGGUAAGAGCCUUAAGGGACACCAUCUACCAGUGAGACGUGUGAGUUUCAUCAGCUUAUGGCUGCAUGUCAUUCUGUUGUUUCAGGGUAAGGUGUUUUUCAGAUGCGAAGGCCAGUUUUGUGUGUACGCACAAGCAGCUUAAGUGUUGGAGAGGGUGACUCAAAGUGAGUUAUAUGUGCAAUAACUUCUUUCUUUCAACUAUUUGAAUUUAGACACCAAUCGUAUUUAAUUAUGUGCCCAGACUUUUUUCAAAAUUGCUUUUAUUUUGACUUUUUAAUUUUGUUCAACAUUUACAGUCUCUGUUGUGCAUUGUCCUAUUUCCAAAAAAAAACCCUCCACACUGAGCUUUAUUUGAGUGAAGUAAAUGAGGUGUGAGUUGUCUCCUUCUCUGGGACAAGGAGUUGCACUCAGUUGAUGGGUUUCAGUUAACAAUGUCUUUGCCUGUCUGUCUUUCCCGUGUUCAUUCUGCGGAAUGAUUUCAUCACUGUCUGCAGAUGGCGCCAUUUCCUUGAGAUUGUUUCUCUGCAGAUUUAGUGUAGCCCUUCUCGGCACUCUUGCUGUCUUCUCCCUGCCCUGUGUGCAUGUGUGCACGUGCGAGUGUGCAUGUGUUCUUACCCUUUCAGACUGCUUUUCGAUAGGUCGUGAGAGACGCGGCGUACCUGAGAAGCUCAGCUGAACUUGUAGCUAAUGCUGCCUGGCCUCUUACAGUGCAACUUUAUGCAAAGUGCCCAUCUCGCAGUUCUGUGAGGGCACCUAAAUCGAACAGAGGACAUGACACAAGGGAACUUACUGUGAUUCCUUUCUGGAAUCUUAAUGUGCAUUUCUGGGAUCUUUAUGCUAUUUUAUUGCCUUCGCCAUCUCUGUUUUCUCUCACUCCUGUACUGUAUUGUGUACUUUCUGUCUGUAUAAGGCACACUAUGCUGUAUUGCUUUCACUAGGAGCGUUACAGGCUUACAGGUUAUUGUUACUAUGCAAGUGGGGUUGAGUGUGUCUUCAUUAGUGUCUUGUGGCAGCCCGAGGUCAGUGACGAGAGACUGGAGGCAGAGCAGGUGCACCCGUAGGGCUGGCCAAGGUACACAAGAACAGUUCCUGUAUGCAAGUCCGUCUGGUUCCAAAAAAAAUGAAAACAUAAAUUUGAAAAGAAAAGUGUGAGGGGGGGGGGGGACCAUGAAAUAUUUGGAUUAUCUAACUGCUGCCCUCAAGUGAACUGUUUUGGCAGCAGAAUCUCUCUCUCUCUCUCUCUCUCUCUCUCUCUCUCUCUCUCUCUCUCUCUCUCAUUUACUAUCUUUCUCUCUGAGAUCAGACGGAUUCUAUCAGUGCAAUUAAGACACUGAAACCAUGUUUGUGGCGACUGCCAAAAACCAAACUUUGAAUGCGUAUAACCCUGUAUGUGGAAUGACUUUCACUGUCACACACACACGUGUGUGUGUGUGUGUGUGUGUGUGUGUGUGUGUGUGUGUGUGUGUGAGAAAUGUUUCCAAGGUCAUGCCUGCCACAGAGACUUUUACAAACACGUAAACUGAGCAGCAGGAGUGUUCCCACAACACUUGACUCACCCACCUAACAAUGCAAUACAGCAAAGAUAACCACAACGGCAGUUAUCUGCUUUUAGGUAGAACCAGCAUCUUUGCCAUUGGCCAGACACUGAGGCAGUUUGAGGCUUUCUAUAACUAAGCUCGUCCUCUCUACCGCGUGACUCUCAGACAGGAGGAGGACACGCUGAAGAGAAGUGGUUGGUAUAUUUUAAUCUCUUAAGGUUUAUCCUCUAUGGCCCCAUACUGCUAGAUUCAGUGUGAUGCUCCCCAUUAGAUGUCAGUGAGCAAUUUUUAAAUGUACCUUUUUCUCUGACGUCUGUAAUUUUGCAGUGGCCAAAAGCACUCUUUAAAUUCUCAAUACAGAAAGCCCUCAGAAUGGCCACCCAGAAUUUGAGGUCAUGUAGAGGAAUGUUUUCUUGUUGUGUUUUUGUUUCUCCAAUAUUUUUAUGUAAUUUUUUUUCUAU